AUUCGACCCCACACGCCUAGCCGCCGACGCAGGCCAUCCCGACUCCGCCCGCCGGCUGGUCGGAGUUCUCCCUCCCGGUCCGGAAAUCCUCGCCGCUGGCUCCUCCGUCGACUCCAGGGGACGAGUACAACAGGUACGGUGCGGUGGGACAUGCCUAAUGGUGCAGAAGCAAGUGUGUGUGCAUUAUCAGGCAGAUGGAUGGACUCGUUCAGGAUCGACAUGACAGACGUGUGCCGCUCGACGAAUACUAGCAACAACUAUGACGAAGAUGGCAGAGCACCUCAAAGAGAGGCGUUGAACAGGGCCAUGUCAUGUUCGUGCUGGUCCUGAGGUCGUCACCGAUCCAGCCUUUCUUGUGACCAGGAACAUGGAGGCCUGAUCAAUAGAAGGAACCCAAAAAAAAAAGAGUCAUGGAGUACAUUGAUGCAUUGGAUUAUCAUGAUGCCAUGCUUUGAGGGUACUGUUGAGAGAAAAUUCUGUGGCCAGCAAUGUAGAAUGGUGUGAUAUUUUUUGGGCCUAUCAUUAUGAUGGUGCCUUUUAUCUUGGUGACUAAGUUUAGUCUGCCUCGAUGAUUGCAGUGCCUGCUCUGUGCUGAUCCAGUGAUUCUUAAUUCUGUGCGGUUUUGCUCGC